AUGGAACAUAUGUGCCAGCUGGUGGAACUUAUAUACCACCAAACCCUCCAAGAGAAGCACCUGCACCAGGACUACCUAGAACAUUUACAUCGUCACAUGGACACAGACACAGGCAUGCACAACAACCAGCACAACAACCACCUCCACAACCAGCACAACAACCAACACAACAACCAGCACAGCAACCAACAGUUCAAAACCCUACACAACAACAACCACAAACAGAGCAAGGACAUAAAAGAAGUAGAGAACAAGGAAACCAAGAAUUCUUAA